AUGGGAUCCCCUUUUGCCAAAUUUGGUAAUCCUUUCAUGACGUUUUCUGUUUUUUUGUUCCAGAAACAAUUUUCUAAAAAUUUUAUUGAUACGAUACGAUUAAGAGUUAAGGGUGGAAAUGGAGGGAUGGGUUUACCCAAAUAUGGUGGUGUCGGAGGAAAAGGUGGAGAUGUUUACGUCGAAGCUAGAAAAAAGACGAUAUUGAAUCACACAUGGAAAAAAUAUUCAAAAUUAUUGGUUACGGCUGAGUCUGGAGAAAAUAGUAAAACAAUGAAAGUGUUCGGUAAACCUGGAAACGACGUCAUAAUACCCGUGCCCCCCGGUGUCGUCGUGUACGACGAAUUCAUGAGGAAAAUGGGGGAAUUGAAUGCGGUCGGAGAUAAAAUUAUGGUAGCUGAAGGUGGACCUGGUGGAGGACCGAAUAGCGUACCAGCGUAUUCAGGUUCAAAAGGUCAUUCUCAACUCAUAACGAUAGAUUUAAAAUUGAUUGCCGAUAUUGGACUCGUUGGAUUUCCAAAUGCUGGAAAAUCGACUCUUUUAAAUUCGUUAUCGAGAGCCAAACCUAAAAUAGCAGAUUAUGCAUUCACGACUUUGAGACCUCAUUUAGGAAUAUUAGAAUAUUCGGAUUUACGUAAAAUAUCAAUGGCGGAUUUGCCGGGUCUCGUCGAGGGUGCUUCCGAUGACGUCGGUAUGGGUCACGAAUUUUUAAAACACGUCGAAAGAAGUAGUUUGUUGUUAUUGGUCGUCGACAUUUUCGGGUUUCAAUUGACGCCACAGUGCUCUCAUAGAAAUUGCAUAGAAUCCGUCAUUUUAUUAAAUAAGGAAUUGGAAUUGUAUAAAAGUGAACUUUUGGAUAAGCCGGCAGUUUUAGCAAUAAAUAAAAUGGAUUUACCAGGAGCUUUAACCGCAUUUAAAGAAAUAUUACCCACGUUUAAGGACUUACCAAGUUAUGCAGCAUCUCGACUACCGGAAAAAUUAAGACCGGAAAAAUAUUUAAAAUUUUUUGACAUACUUCCAAUAUCGGCCAAAUCCGAUAAGGAUUCAACGGAAAAAUUAAAACAAGUGUUGAGAGAAUGUUUGGAUGAAAAUUUUGAAUCGUCCAUCAUGGAAAUGAUGACUAAAAAUGAAAUGAAUCUUCUUAAAAAAGUCAGACAAUAUCAACAAUUAACUCACACUGCCAUGUAG